AUGCCUCGACACCCCAGCUCGAUCGAUAGCACGGAUUUGUUCUAUCGCUAUUACGGCCCAGAAAAUAGACCGCCUCCAUUCGAUGCAAAAGAACAGUCUCAGGCAGCGCGAGGGCUCACGCUCGUGUUCCUCCACCAGUGGCCUCUCUCAUCCCGCAUGUACGACUCGAUCCUGCUGAGUCUUUGCGAGACGCACAGGUUCCGGGUCAUCGCCCCUGACAGACGCGGCUUUGGGAAAAGCGAAUGGACCGGCAAUGCCGUUGGAAAUGGCAUCGGCUACAAGGAGCUUGGGGAUGACGUCGCGGGCCUGUUGGAGAAACUCCAGCCGGGGCCUUUUGUCUUUAUCGCCACCAGCAUGGGCACGGGCGAGGCGCUUUUGGCGUACACUAAUAGCACUUACAUCCAGGAAAACUGUCGUCACUUGCCUCCCACAUCCUGUCGCCUCUCCCAAAACCCGAAGGCUUUGCCCCGCAGCGUCUGGGAUGCGACGCUGAUGUCAUUGAGAAAGGAUAGACCCAACUUCAUCGCCAACGGCUUCAAUGGCCCCUUUGGAGUUGGAACAUCCGGUUCGCUCUCAGAGAAGGAAUUGGCGUUUUUCGAAGGGAUCUUUUCCGAGGCUGAUCCAAUUGCUGUCGAGCGAUGCCUCCAGAUCUAUACGUCUGAGGAUCUGUUAGAGGCGAUACAGACUUUUGGGCAAACCUUUGACAAGCCUUUCCUUCUGAUUCACGGCGGAAGUGACGGAGGGGUUCCUGUCGAGGCGAGUGCUGAGCUUAUCCAAAAGCUGGUUGCUCAGGCAAGACUCCGCGUAUACGAAGGAGGGGGGCACGUUUUGGUUCUUGGCUACGCAGACCGUCUGCGAAACGAUAUUCUUGACUUUGUUGGAAGCCUUGAAAUAUAG